CUUCUCUCGAGAUGCCCGGGUAAGAAAGGGGGCGAUGCAGGUCGCGUGAAAGCAUCAUCAAAACAGCAGCUCAUAGCGAGCGAUCACAGAGCCCCUCAAACACACACACACACACACACACACAUACACACACACACGCACGCACACACACACGCACACACACACACACACACACACACACACACACACACACACACACACACACACACACACACACACACACACACACACACACACACACACACACACACACACACACACUAGCUCCUGUCAGGUCAGCUGUAAAUAAAGUAAGUGUUGCAGCGUGGCACGCGACUGCCUUCAUGAUCCACGACGCCGGCAUGCUGGCGCGCGACGUUUCUAUUUACAAAACGCAUCCGACCACGUUUUGACGGCGUCAGCGGAAUCGUCAUCACCAGCAAGGCGCACAAAGGAGACGACGCCUUCCUCUACGGUAGUGUGUCCCCGCGGUGUUUCGUUUCCUCGGGGGUUGAUCAGACGUCUCGCCGGGUUUCCCAUCCCUAGACCGAUGAUCACAAUGGAAACCCUGGCCAACCACCACCAGUCGCGACGCCGCUCCAGCGCCGCCUCCACUGUGUCCGAGGCUGGAUCCACCGGUCCCGAGUUAACGCAGACCUGGACGGAUCUAGACCACCCUCUACCUGUCGACUACCCCGGGCUGGACGACUGCUCUUCCGCCACCCUAGAAGAGGGGGGGCGGUGGUCCAGCGUCGGCGGCAGCGGCGUGAAGAAACACAACCACAAGCAUAACCUGAAGCACCGCUACGAGCUGCUGGAAACCCUGGGAAGAGGCACCUACGGCAAGGUGAAGAAGGCGAUAGAGAGGCACACCGGACGAGUGGUGAGUGUGCUGUGCAUGCUGCGGUUCCGCACGGUUGACGUUGAAAGCUCGAUGAUGUGUGAAGUAAAGUUGCGUUAUAACCGUUGUUACAUUGUACAGCUUUGCUCCGCACUUGAUGCUGCCUUCCCAUUGACGUAUCUUUCUAAUCUUCCCCAGAACGGCGUUGUACACAGAGAUCUGAAACUGGAGAACGUGCUUCUGGAUGACAACUGUAACAUUAAGAUCGCAGACUUCGGCCUUUCCAACCUGUACCACAAGGACAAGUUCCUCCAGACCUUCUGCGGAAGCCCUCUCUACGCGUCCCCCGAGAUCGUCAACGGACGGCCCUACCAUGGCCCGGAGGUGGACAGCUGGGCCCUAGGAGUGCUCCUCUACACACUGGUCUAUGGAACCAUGCCUUUUGACGGGGGGGACCACAUCAAACUCAUCAAGCAGAUCAGCAAUGGGGACUACAAGGAACCCGCCCAGUCGUCAGACGCCCGCGGGCUGAUCCGCUGGAUGCUGAUGGUGAACCCCGAGCGGCGCGCCACGGUGGAGGACAUCGCCAACCACUGGUGGGUCAACUGGGGCUGGAAGAGCAGCGUGUGCGACUGCCAGGGCCCUCCCAGCCAGGGGUCCCCGAUGCUAGCCCGCUUCAUCGACUGGCAGAGCCGCGCGUCGGGCGGCGCCACCGCCGCCGCCGCCGGGCCGGACCCCGCACCGUCCCCCGGCUCCUCCUACGUCGGCCGCAGACUCAAGAAGCCGACCAGGCCGGAGGCCGAGUGCGGGCCGCGCCACCCCACCCCCGCGGGGGAGGACAAGCAGGCGCUGAAGAGGCCCAAGAGCAUCCUGAAGACCCGGGCGUCGGACCACCGCUCCCAGAGCCUGGGGGAGCUGGAGCUGAGGCGGACCCUGCACUUCACCGACGGGGACGCCCGCCUCCGGGGCGGCGAGGUCGGGAUGGAGGACGAGGACGACGAGGACGACGAGGACGAGGACGACGAGGAGGAGGACGAAGAUCACGGCUGUCUGGGCGGCUCCCCGGCGAAGAUGGUGCCCACGCUGCCGAAGAAGGGCAUCCUGAAGAACAGCCGGCCGAACCACCUGCUGCUACAGCAGCAGCAGCAGCAGCAGAGAGAGUCCGGCUACUACUCCUCCAGCGAGCGCAGCGACUCCUCCGAGCCACAGGGGGGCGCCGCCCCCACCGUGGCCAUGACGCCGGCCGCCAGCUCCCCGUCCAAGAGGGGCGCGGGGCGGAAGGGCAUCCUGAAGCGCAACGGCAAGUUCUCCGCCAACACCCACCACCGGGACGGCAAGACCUGCUCCACGGCGUUCCGCUCCGACGCCGCCGGCAGCCGGGCCGCCGGCGAGGCGGGGCUGUCCCGCAGCCAGAGCCGCCCCUCCGGCUUCAUCUCCGAGGACACGCCGCCGAGCCUCCCGGGGGGGGCGUCCUCCUUCGGCGGGCUGGACUGGCCCCCCGGGUCCCCCCGGCCUGGCAGCAUCAGAGGGUGCCUGUCGGCCGAGGACCUGCUGCAGCCGGACGGGUUCCGGGGCCUCCACCAGGGGCCGGCCCACGGGGCGGGGAAGGUGAGCCAGGGGACCCAGUCGCCCGGCUCCCCGGGGGAGAACGGGAGCUUCUCCCUGCUGGGGGACAUGGACGACGUGACGCAGGUGUACCAGCGGGCGCUGGACAUCAGCUGUGCCAUGAGGGAGACCUAGACCCCCGGGGCUGUGUGUGUGUGGGUGCGGACUGGACUGCCGUGCACACACUAACACACUAACACACACACACACACACACACAAACACAAAGAGAGCACAACCCUUCACCAGUCGCCAUUGAAACCCCAUUUUACUGGUUUUGGCCUGUUUCUUUUCUGGUGUCAGAGUGAACUGCUAAAAGUGUUACGAUGUACACACAUGAUUUCAACCAAGCGAUCUACGUCUUCACACUGGUAGAGAAUCCUCACCCUGUUUUUGGACAGCUCCAGGCUGACCUCUGAACUCUGCAUCCCACUCUCCCCAUUAAGGACAGAUGUCGUCUGAAAGCACUGAAAUCAAAGUUACUGUCCCACCCGUCAAGUCUCCACAAACCAGUUCGCACAUCACGGAGCAUACCGUUAGAAUUACUGCCAAGGCUUUACACGUGUACACUAUUUAUUGAUCUGUUUGGUUAGGAACCCCUUUCUCCGAACCUAUUUCCACAUGGGAUACUUAUUGUUUGGGAAGGCGAGGAGUAGGGGAAAUGUAUUUGUUGAGUGAACUGCCAAACAGAUCUAGAAUGUGUCUCUAUGCUCGACGUUACAGCAUUUAAUUUAUAGCGAUAAGAGAAUAGUAGUUGCUAUGGGGUCUCUUUUGAUUUUUUUUUGUAUUUGUGCAGUUGGUUUGUUAAGAAAAAAACCAACAGUAAAAGGUUGGUUUUCUUUCUAGGUCUGCUCACUUGAAGUAACUCAAUGUCGGGAGAGUUAUCGGUGUACUUUUGAUAGACUUGCAUAAGCAGGAAAGUUCUGCGGUUACAUCAAUGUUUUGUUUUGACUAUAGGAGCGAGUGUGGAGAGAGCCGCUGUUGACUCAGGGUCAAGGUUAAUCGCUUUUCGCGAUCCGCGUUGAUUAAAAGGAAGUGCCCGUCCAGGCAACGCCGUCCAGCCCAUUCCGUUCCAGACGGACUCUAACGCACGACCACUGUUGGCUUAGUGUAGAGGUGGAGCUCCCAGGUUAAGAAAGUAAAAGUCCCCCACUAACCCCCGAAUCCAUCAGUUGUGUAAGUAAUGGACUUUGGCCCAGAUGGGAAGAUUCACAAAGAAUGAGUGAAGUCUGCUGGGGUUCAGUGCGAAUGUGCAGCAAAAAAAAAACAUCAGAAAUUCCCGAAGUUCUAGAACCCGUACAUUUUAUGCUUCUGGCGUUGACACAAAAGGAACGAAAAAAAAACGAAUUUGUCAGUCAACCAAUCCCAGCCUGGUAGUAUAUGUGUUGUGGCUGUGUGAACCACUGGCUCUGGGCUAGCUGCUUCCUUCUCACACAGCCCUACCGCCGGAUACCCCUUCAUUAACACAGUCUCCGGUGUUGACUCGCUCUCCCAAGUGGCCUGCAUAGUUCUAGGAGCAGUAAUGUGCCAGUGGACCCCUUAGGUAUGUGUGCCUGGCAGUGGAACUCCACAGGAACACGGCCCUUUAACCUAGAAAGGACGGAAGAGCCAGUCUCCCCCGUCCACCACCCUUGCACGGGCCUCAUCAGAACAGAAAAGCCCCCUCUUUGAAUCCACUUUGAAUUAUUCAAGUAGAAAAAUGUCCUAGGGUACUAAGUGGGUUUUCACAUCAGGCGUGGCUAGGUUUGCUGUAUCAUGAAUCGAGAAACGAUGGACAAUUUGAGAUAUUUUGGUAUUCUUUUCGUAUUUUGGAUUUUUUUAGAACAAACAAUUGGAUUUUUUUUCAAAGGCCUUGAAAAGGAAUGGGAGACGAUUCAAUGUUCUUUUUUACUAAAUGUCAGUUUGUUUAAACGUCAACUUAAAUUAUUGGAUGGUUUACCAGUCAGCCUAACUACCUACCUGCGCGCAUUCUGCCCUAUACGAACUGAGUCUUCCUCAAGGCUAGUUCGACCUAUUGCUAAAGCUAGCUAUCGCUAAGCUAGUCAUGUGUUUUUGGCGGGAGGCAUGAAGGGAAGGGGGAGGGGGGGUAUUUUUUCAGUUGGAUACUUUCAAAAUCUAGCUUACUCUAGCCUGUUUCUCCAAAUUGCCUAGCCUAGCUCUAUAUAUCUGAAUGUCGUGCAGUGAAUGUCUGUCUGAGCUUUUUGACUAGAUAGGACUCAGCCAGAGAGACCAUCAGCCUAGUGGGUGGGGGGGGGGGGGGAGAGACGUCUUUAGAAGCGUUGCUUGCUAAGCCACGUCCUUAGCGCCUUGAUUAGAAGUGACAGUCGCUCAGCCACAUCAGCCUUUUCUUCUUUUGAAUGUAUAAUUUAUAAUAACUACGAAGGGGACGUUGAAUGCCUCUUUUUAAGUCCAGCUCUUUUGCCUAAACGGAUGAAACAGGGUAUUUAGCGUAUAGGUUUUGUUGAAAUGUAUCAUAAUUGUUUGAAAGCUUUAUUUUGUUAUGCUUUGUAUGGUUUUGCACAAUAUUUUGCACAAUAUGAAACACAUCUUUUUUUAUUUGCUUAAGCGUUGCAAGGUCUUCAUCCAGUCUGUUUUCAACCAAAACAAAAUGUUUGUAAUCCAUCUGCAUUUGUUUUUGCUCCCAGUAUUUAUAGGAAAAACAUCUUCGAAACAAUAGCUCAGAAAACAACAAUAUUUUCUUGAAAGCCUCUUCCAAAAUCAAUCCUAAUAAAUAAUUUAUUUGAAAUCAA